AUGGGUAACAAGAUUUUGAAAAAUCUAGAAGAUAAGGAUCAUCCUUCUCUUGGGCCUACACUUUAUGGUUUAAAACUUUGGGGUAUGUGGCAACCGAAAAGAGGUUUUAUUAGUUUCAUUUAUAAUCUAGUUCAUAUUUCUGCAAUUAUAUUUGUAUUUAGCCAGUACGUUGAAUUGUGGAUUAUAAGAUCUGAUUUGGAAGCGGCGUUAAGAAAUUUAUCAAUAACCAUGCUUAGUUCCGUUUGCGUUGUCAAAGCUGGCACUUUCGUUCUUUGGCAGAAGCAUUGGAAAUAUAUCUUCGAUUAUGUUUCGUCUUUAGAAAAUAAUGAAAUAAAUAAAAAUGAGACAGUCACUUGUAAAACAAUAAAAGAGUACAUUGCAUACUCCAGAAAAGUUACAUAUGUUUAUUGGUGUUUGGUAACGGCUACUGUGUUUGGUGUUAUCAUAGCUCCGGUAGCCAGUUUUAUAUCGUCAACUAAUGGUGAACAAAUGAAUAAUAAUUGUUCCAAAGGUUACCCUGAAAUAAUGAGUUCUUGGGUACCGUUUGAUAAAACACGUGGAAUUGGGUAUUUAGCAAUGAUUUUGGAACAAACACUUAUUUGUUUUUAUGGAGGUGGUAUUGUUGCUAAUUACGAUUCAAAUGCUGUUGUUCUUAUGUCUUUUUUCUUUGGUCAACUUAAGUUAUUGAAGUUAAACUGUGAGAGAGCAUUUGAAGAGAGUAGUGGAGUUGAUUCACAUGAAUAUAUUAAUGAAAUUCGUAAAUGUCAUGAACACCAUUCAAAUCUAGUAAAGUAUUCCAAGAUCCUUAAUUCCUUAUUGUCACCCGUAAUGUUUUUGUAUGUGAUCAUCUGUUCACUAAUGAUUUGUGCCAGUGCGGUUCAAUUAACUACGAGUGGUACAUCAAGCAUGCAACAAAUUCGUAUAACAGAGUAUUUGUUAGCCUUAAUUGCUCAACUAUUUAUCUACUGUUGGCACAGUAAUGAAGUAUCUCUCAUGAGUCUAAGUGUCGAUGAAGGUGUGUACGCCAGCGCUUGGUGGUGUCAAAAUACUCGCGUAAAACGCAACGUCUUACUUCUCAUGGGCAAAGUUCGGAGGAAUAUAAUUUUUACUGCUGGCCCCUUCACUUCUCUGUCUGUACCUACUUUUAUUGCUGUUUUAAAAGGAUCAUACAGCUAUUACACUCUAUUAAGCAAGAAAGAAAAUUAACUGUAAUCGAAAAAUGGAGUUAGAAAUUAGA